ACCUCAUCCAGUGCUUACUACGCGGGCUUUUUAGCUUCCGCGUUUGCGGUUUCUCAAUUGGCUCUAUCCAGCAAUUGGCUCUAUGCAGCAACGGAGUCCCGAAAUGCCAGUUAAAAGAUCACUGAAACUGGAUGAUCAGUUUGAAGAAAAUCCAUUUAGACCUUCAAAAAUCGUGAGGAGGAAAAGUAUUACAGCUUAUUCGCCAACUACUGGAACUUAUCAAUUGAGCCCAUUUUCUUCUCCCACAACCCCCAAAGAACAAGAGCACAGAAACAGACCAUCAAAUGGAACAAGAAAGCCGAGUAACUUGAGCUCAUCUGCAAGACAGGAGUCCACAGUGAAAGGCAGUGAUGGAUUCAUGAUAUUGCUAUCUAAAAUUGAGAGAUCAUCAGAGAAAACCAUGGAGAUAAUGAAAAAUUUAAGUAGUAUACAGGCUUUGGAGGGCAACAGAAAACUUGAAGAUCUCAUUGGUGUUUCCCUAGCACCAUGCUCCUUAAAAAGAGAAGUGAGGAAGACGAGAGAACUACUGACAAAAGUAAUAAAACAAAAGCUGUUUGAAAAGAAAAAUUCAAGAAUUCCUCCCAAAGUGUUACCUUCAAGUCUGACGACUGUGUCAAUCUACCUGGAUACUAGUCAAGCCAUAAGAAUGCAGACCAGACUGAAGAGUCAGUGAAAGACUGUCAAGUUUGCAACCCAUCUCAUAAGACAGGCACUUUGAAGAAAUGUGCUCACUGUGAACAGUAUCUGCAUCUGCCUGAUCAUAUUUAAGGCACAGAAGAAACGUGUGUAAUUAAUCUGCCCAGUAAAUACCAGCUUGUAGCACUAGGCAGGUGCAAGUCUAGAUAAAAUUUCUUGCAGCUAAUUUAAACUUUCUGCACACAACAGUAGAUAAUCUCAAUGUAAAUAAUACAUUUCUUCUCGACUCUUUAAUGUAAGCCUUGCAGUACAGGAGUCUUGACUUAAGAUACUGUGUAUCACAUGUUUCUAUAUACUUUUAACAUUCCUGGCUAGAAUUGUGACUCUAGUUUGUAGCGUAACAUACUUUAUUGGAACUCACAACAAACCAGGUAAACCAGCAAUCAGC